CACAAACCCGGACCGCGUUCUUAUAUAGUUCACAGUUGAUGUGCCUGAGUUAGCAGAGAUGCUAACUGCUAUGCACACAGGCCUAGCUAGCUUUGCUAAUCUACCCGUCAUUGUGUUCUUUGUGGUGUUAGCAAGAGAAAAGAGAGAAUGUCUGUCAAACCAGAGGUUAAAACCUGUCACUUUGGUAUAAAUGAACGAUAUUACUCAUAUUCGGGUCUUGUAAAAGAUAUAUAUAAAAUAUAUUUAUUGCCUUCAGUAACGUUAUAAUCAUAAUUUCGUUAUAACGUUGUAUCGCUUUUCCUGAGGUACGGGCUGCGUCCUCAACAUUCACUUCAUCACUUUUAAGGGCACUAGAACGCCGUCCAUCUUGGUACAGCUGUAGUGUGCAUAUGAAGGGAGUGUGGAGUAGUUUGGGAUUCGACCCGGCUCUGAUAUUAAUUGAUUGAACGCGCAUACUGUUGAGCUUGGGUUGUGAAUAGGAGUCAAACCAUGGAGCAGUUCACAGAGACGACGAGUGGAGGAGAGCAGAUCGUGGUGCAGACGUCUGGUGGAGCGGUGCAGCAACAGAGCACAGUGACUGCAGUGCAACUGCAGGCCGACGGCCAGGUGGACGCGAAUGGGGCCCAGCAGGUGCAGACUCUCCAGGUAGUUCAAGGGCAGCCUUUAAUGGUGCAGGUCAGUGGGGGGCAGCUCAUCACCCCUUCCGGGCAGCCAAUAAUGGUACAGGCCAUGCCGGGAGGACAGACGCAGACAAUAAUGCAGCUACCGGUGACGAGCUCGCAGGGACUUCAGCAGAUCCAGCUCGUGCAGCCAGGACAGAUUCAGCUCUCAGGUGGCCAAACGCUACAGGUACAAACUGCACAGGGUCAGACGCAGCAGAUCAUCAUCCAGCAGCCGCAGACUGCAGUGACCGCAGGACAGAACCAGCCUCAGCAGAUCACGGUGCAGGGUCAGCAGGCUCAGACAGCAGAGGGUCAGACCAUCCUGUACCAGCCGGUUAACGCUGAUGGAACCAUCCUCCAGCAGGGCAUGAUCACUAUUCCUGCCGCCAGUCUAGCAGGAGGUCAGAUCAUCCAGACGGGUUCAAACGCGAGCGGCACUGGGGGUCAAGGGACCGUGACCGUCGCCGUUCCAGUCACAGGAAACAUGGUUAAUGCUGGAGGAAUGGUCAUGAUGGUCCAAAGCGGCGGCUCUGUCCAGAACCUGCAGAGGAUCCCUCUCCCCGGAGCAGAAAUGCUGGAGGAGGAGCCGCUGUACGUCAACGCUAAGCAGUACCACCGCAUCCUGAAAAGACGCCAAGCCCGGGCCAAGCUGGAGGCAGAGGGCAAGAUCCCCAAAGAACGGAGGAAAUACCUGCACGAGUCUCGUCAUCGGCACGCCAUGGCACGGAAGCGUGGUGACGGUGGACGCUUCUUUUCCGUGAAGGAGAAGGAGGAAAUGGGCAUGCAGAUGGACUCAGAGCAGGCCCCGGUCGGAGAGGAAGCCGUGACUCAAAUGAUCAGCGUUUCAUAACACCUUCGUAACCUCUCUUUACCUUCGUAACGCCUUCGUACGGUUUUGCUACCGAAAGAUCGCUCCUUAUCUCAGCCUGGUGUUUUGUACAGAUUUCUACACUGGCUCUGUUACUGUCUGCCAUUUAAUGAGAGAAUAUGCUGAUCCAGGAUCAGUUUUUGUUUUUCCUCUUACUUUGUAAAUAAUGGCAUUAUAAAAGGAUAGUGAUCUGAUCCCGGAUCUUUUUUGUAUGGAAAGAUUGAAUCGGUGUAUUUCUUAUCGUGUGGUAUGACGUGUAAUUGUGACUCUCGAGGUCGUUCGUGUGUGCUGUGUUUUAUAGAGGGGGAUCUGAUUGGCUUCUGAGCAUGACUUUUAAUAUCUUUAUUUGAAUGUUAGUUAUAGUGAGACAAAAGCAAAACAAAUGUUUUUUUAUUUAAACACGUCCGAGAUGUUUAUCGUGGUUUUAUUUACUUUGUGAAAAUUGUAAAAAGUGAACAUAUUCUGCCGACUAUGCACUUCCCAACUGAUCUCCAGUUAAAGAAUUAAAAAAAAAACAGAUUCCAAGGGCAUCUUGAGUGAACUGUUCAGCACAAAUAUCAGUUUGUCAAAUAAAAAGUGUUUUAUUGUGA